CGCUUCCAAGUAGCCUAAUUCCUCUCUCGCUCUCUCCAGUGCGCAGGUGGGGAUGGGUGAAUUCUCAGUUUGAAGUCUCUUCCUCAUUUCAGCGGACUAUAUAGGCUACAGCAGCAGCGUCUGUCAUCAGAGCUCAGUCCCAUCAUUCGGUGCAGUUUUGAGAAAUCGUUCCACCUGCAUGGCUUUAUUCCACUCCAAGCAAUGCACGUGACCAAAACAAUGACCUGUUGUUAUUUUUGGCACUGUUCUUUGCGCUGAACGACUAAAGACCCCAUGAGCAUCUUCUCAGGGAACGGACUGACUGGCGGAGCGCAGGACGGGAUGGCAACACAACAGCGCGUUUAGUUGAGGGAAAUGGGAAGUUUAAGCGUCCGUGGACUGCGGCUACCGAAUAAUAAACACGCGAGGAAAGGCUUUAAUGGAAGUUUUAAAAGUAAUGUUUUGCAAUUAUACAAUAUUCUUCUCUGAAUGAACUGCUCUGUUUGUGGCGGACUGUUAGUUCUUUACAUUAAGCAGCGCUGGUUCUUCGGGCACAAUGAAAUCCAUCUUCUACUCUCGCUUUUUCAUCCUUCUUCCGUGGAUCUUGAUAGUGAUCAUCGUGAUCGACAUCGAUACGAAGAGAUUGUCUGUUCGGAACACGGCCAGCUUCUAUUUGUCUCGGCUGGGAAACGUGCAGCAGCGGCAGGUCGUCAGGACGACUCGGACCAGCAGCAGCAGCAGCAGCACCAGCAGUGGGAGUAACACCUCAUCUCCCCCGGUUAUUUAUGCCAUCACUCCCACUUACAGCCGAGUGGUACAGAAAGCUGAGCUCACCCGCUUGGCAAAUACGUUCCGCCAGGUUCCUCAUUUCCACUGGGUCGUGGUGGAGGACUCGAACUCCCACACGGAGCUGGUUUCGCGGUUUCUUGCCCGGUCUGGGGUGCGAUACACUCAUCUGAACGUGCUCACCCCGCGCAGGUUCAAGCGGACGGGGAUGCCGCGAGCGACCGAGCAAAGGAACUUAGCGCUCGGCUGGCUCAGAGGACGUCGCGCGUCCAAAGAUAAAGGAGUCGUUUUCUUCGCGGAUGAUGAUAACACUUACAGCCUUGAGUUAUUUGAAGAGAUGCGGUCAACCCGGAAAGUGUCAGUGUGGCCAGUGGGACUCGUUGGAGGCCGGAGGUACGAGCGUCCCCUGGUGAAAAAUGGGAAAGUGGUCGGCUGGUACACAGGCUGGAAAGCUGACAGGCCGUUUGCAAUUGACAUGGCUGGGUUUGCAGUGAACCUGCAGGUGAUCCUGUCAAACCCACGUGCCCUGUUCAAGAGGAGAGGAGCCAAACCAGGGAUGCAAGAAUCAGAUUUCCUCAAACAGAUCACCAAGGUGGAGGACUUGGAGCCAAAGGCCCAGAACUGUACCCAAGUCCUGGUCUGGCAUACCCGGACAGAGAAGGUCAACCUGGGAAAUGAAACAAAGCGGCAACAGGAUUCGAUUUUUAUAGAGGUCUAGAGACACUGCACUAGGACUGUCAUGACACUGGAUGGAGGCUCGCCAUUGCUGGCACUUUGCCGCCUUUGAACUUAAGGAUACCUGCUCUGGCGGAAAAGACAAGCCAAGCCAUCUCGGGUUUCUGGAUUCUCUACUGACACACUGUCUCUAUCUGCUGGAGCUUCACACUGUGGCGUCACACUGGAUUACCUGUAACGUGGUGGAGAAGAAACCAUGGAUAAGGGGUUUUCACAAUGGCAAAACCCUGAUCACUUUCCCUUUCAGGGUUUCUGCAGGUUUCACAAAGUCAAAUCUAAGACCUUUUUAAGACCAUUAUGAAUGACAUUUAAACAAACAAAACAAAAACAGUACAAACUAAACAGAGUCUCAAAAUUAUUCGCAAAGUCAUUUAAUUUAUUCAAAUUGAACAUUCGUCGAAAAUCUGCACGAACGGUUCAGUGAUUUUGGAAAUUAGUUCUGUUUCUGUUUGUAUAAAAUCCCCCAUUUCAAAGCGCGUAAUGUUGGCCAUUUUAUCUUUCCCGCACCUGAAGGAUUUAACGAUGUUUCAGUCCGAAAACAUUGUUUGAAACAAUUUAGAACUGGUGUUGUCACUGUGUGGAGAACCCAGAGCACCUCUGCUUUUAGCGUUGGCUCUGAUCAAUAGCAACACGGAGAUUGAUUCUGGGAUUUGCGGAGCUAGUUGGGCCCCGCCUAGGCAGUGUAGAAGUACCGUUAGUGCUGGAGCCCCCUGAUACUUGCAAGAACUGACUGAUGGCUGUCGUUUGCUGGAGACCCUUCACAGCACUUAGAUGUUCAUCACUUUUUGCAUGUGACUCCAGCACCCAACGUUUUUGCAUAAGAAACAGUAGGCUUUAAAUACGUUGUUUGCAACUGGCUUUAAUCAAGCACGAAAUUCAGAUUUUUCAAGCCAAGUAUCACUAAACGUCCACUUCCCCAUAGCUGAAUAAAAUCCGUUUUAUGUCUGUCUGUGGUAUCUGAGAUACGCGCCAAUAACACGAAAGCUCAAAGCUGAUUGGCUGUUGCAUGUUGGUCUAUUUUGUAGUCAUACAGGGAGUUAUAUUUGAACUAGCAAAAUAAAUAACUACAACCAUGGAAUAAAAAAAAAAAUGACCUAGAACACAAUACGUGUUGUGAUUGUGAAAUUUUAGACUUUUUUUGACUUUUUAAGACCCCGCGGAAACCCUGCCUUUUCCUCGGACUCUGAAAGCUCUGAGAAUCAGCUCAACGUCUGUGAAUGCGGAGGACAAGGACCAGCUGCUUGAAUAAUGUACAGAGGUUGGGUGGUGCUGAAAAUCUACUGUCCAUGAAAAUAAAAGGAAUAGUCGAUAAAAACACACGCCGCAAAUACAGUCAAAAGCGUGAGACACCAGGGACAGAACUUUUGGAUUACAACUGUCUUUAUUCCAAACGACCUUCUUUAAAAGCAAAAAUAAAGAAAAAAAAUAAAAAAAAUAAAUGCGUCUUUAGACAAAAUGAUCACACAAUAGUUCAUGGCUAUUCACUGUUUAAUGCACGAAAAUAACAAUAUUUUGUCUCUGUACUAGGCACCAGAAAAUGUAAACACAUUAUAGAAAUAAACCUGGAUGACACAGUGGGGAUGUUUAAAUUAUUGCACAGCAGAGAGACCCUGUCUGAGAGGAUAGAAGCUCUGCUACAGCGGCGGGACUGACGUGUUCGACUGCACGCUUUUUGUUCGGUCAAAACGAGCUGGCUAAAAUGACAAUUCCUUCCACGAGCCCUUUUCUAUUGACCCCAACCCCCUAUUUCCCGUUAGCUAUCGCAGCUGUACAGUCGUCCAGGUUUAUUUGUCUUUCACUCACUGUGCUUCUCUGUAACGCACACAUUAAAACAUCACAGUAAAGAUGGAGUUUGUCAUGGGGCUACACAGAUGCGGUGGGAUGAGAAGCCAGAGAGAGGGGGCGAGGGGUUUGUCUAUCUCAUGAUUACAUUACAUUACAUGUGUCUAUACAAUAUCUGCUACAGGGUUCUGGGACAUGGGGCUACAGAAGAUAGGAAAAGGAAGGGGAUGUCACAAAUAUGAUAGCCAUACCUCUGUCUUUUAAAUACUAUGACUCACUAUUUGGUAAAGAUAUAUUAGAAGCCUAUAUAAUUGGUCCAGCAGCUUUCUUGUAGCUGAUAUGUGAUUUGAAACCCCA